CCGCUAACCUGGCGGCGCUGGGUGACGGUGGGUCUGUCUGGGGUUCAGGUUGAAGCCAGUCAGUGGGACGGACUCUCCGUCCUCGCAGUCAGAUCCUUCCCCGGAACGUCACUCCCACCGCGGGAGGACUGCCGUUCUCUAUGCGUGCUGUAGGCUUGCGACGUGGGUGUAGCGGAAGAUGCGAGGGCCGAGGAGCUGAGUGACACAGACGGCAUCAACUGAGGCUGCAAGAUCAUCAGCUGGGUCUGCCAACACGUCGGGAUGUCUGUAGAUGUUCAGAAGGUCAGGCAGUAUCGAUGGAAAUCCCCCACCCCAUAGAUUGCUGCCCGACCUGCUGAGUUCCUCCGACAUUUUGCGUGUCUCCUUGGGAUUUCCAGCAUCUGCAGUUUUUCUCGUGUUUGUGUCUGUAGGAGUUGCCGACUGGCACAUUCCAGGCUGCAGGAGUAGCUGCCGAGGAGUAUUGCUGUAAGGGCUCGGUGGGGCAGCGCCACAGUAUAGGGUUCUAACGCUACUGGUCAGGGAGGGGCCGGGUUGAGUGAGGAAGCCCCUCAAUUUCAGUAGUACCCUCGUACCUAAGAGGGCUUCAUGAGUGGCAACGUUGCUAUUGGGUUAAAGACAUUUAAUUCAACACUACUUUACGCAUCGUCUAUGAAUUUCCCGGGAAGUGCGGACACCUUCCUGACCAUCAGCGAUUCCGGCCACCCCUUCCUGAGUGGGGCUGAGACCUUCCACACACCGAGCCUGGGGGAUGAGGAAUUUGAGAUUCCCCCCAUCUCUCUGCCCCUGGAAGCAGACGCUGACGUGGCCUGCCACUUCGACCUCAGUGACCCAGCCAGCACGCAGGACAAUGGCUUCUCCACCCAGUUCACCUCUGCACCCCUCGAGCUGUCGCUGCCCCUCUCCCAGGGAGUGAUGGAGCCCGGAACCAGUCUUGUGGGUAGCCUGAGCGUGGACCUGGGGCAGCCGGUGGGCACGCAGUUCGGAGGCUCCCCCCUUGCGACCACCGUGUCGGCGGGACCCCACGCCUCGCUGACCACCAUCGACCAGUCGGAGCUGAGCACCCAGCUGGGGCUGGGCCUGGGGGCGAGUGAGAUCCUGAGCCCCCAGGCCACUCCCGGGGACAGGAGCUCGCCCCCACCCUCCCCGGCCAGUUCCACCCACGAGGAGGAGGGCGAGGACUUCCGCAGGGGCCUGGCAGAGAGGCCCCCUCCCGCGGAGGGUCCGCGCAAAGGGAAGGGCUCGAAGCGACGCAGGAAGAAGGACCCCAACGAGCCCCAGAAGCCGGUCUCGGCCUACGCCCUCUUCUUCCGCGACACGCAGGCCGCCAUCAAAGGGCAGAACCCCAACGCUACCUUCGGAGAGGUCUCCAAGAUCGUCGCCUCCAUGUGGGACAGCCUGGGCGAGGAGCAGAAACAGAUCUACAAACGGAAAACCGAGGCGGCGAAGAAGGAAUAUCUCAAGGCGCUGGCUUCGUAUAGGGCUGGGCUGGAGACCAAGACCGCCGUGGACUCCGCUGAGGGAGAGAUGCAGGCGCCCGCCGAGGAGCCGACGACCGCCCCCACCUCGCUGCUAGUGCCCGCGCCCUCGCCCGCCCCGUCACCCUCCCUGACGCGCCCCCCAUCAGUCACCACCCGCCAGAUGACCCAGGGUCUGGUGACGGUGCUGGCCCCCACCCCCCAGCUGCUGCAGCUGCAGAUCCCCGCCACCCGCGCCCAGCGGCUGCAGGCCCCGCCCCCCCUGCAGCCCAUGCCGCCGCCCCCCCUGCAGGCCGUCUCGCAGCCCCGGCCGCCCCCCCUGCAGGCCGCGGCCCAGCCCCGGCUCAGGCCCGGCCUGACCUCCGCCCCCCCUCCGCCCCCGCCCCUCCAGGUGCAGAUCAUCCAGCUGCAGCCCCUGGCCCCCGCCCCCACCGUCACCAUCGCCGCGCCCCCGGCCCCGGCCCCAGCCCCGCUCCCCACCCAGCGCGUGGCCGAGGGGGUGACCCUCCUCGCCAUCCCCAGCACCAGCGCACAGGCUGAGCCCCAGCUGGAGAACUGUGGGCAGCCGUCGGUGGAGUUGGUGAGCGGCUCCCCCUCGCCGGUGAGGGAGCCCACCCCAGGGCCGGGGGUGUGCGUGCGUAGCGGCUGCAACAACAGCCCCGUGCCCAGCCCCGACUGGGACAACGAAUACUGCAGCAGCCAGUGUGUGGUGCAGCACUGCAGGGAUGUGUUCAUGGCCUGGGUCUCCACUCGGAACCAGAGCCCCGUCACCUCGGUGAAGUAGAGGGCAGAGAUCGUGACUCAGGGACUUCACGGGACUCGGAAGGAAGCCCCAGGCAGGGAACCGCAAUCCCAGCCAGCGUCGCGUGUGGACGGGGGACGAGGGAGAAUCUGGGAGCAUAGCAUGGGAUCAGAAAGGAGAGGGGGCGCCAGGAGCCAGGGAUAGGAUCGCUGCCCACUGUGACUGGAUUCUGGGUGCCUCCUCGCUGCCUGCCUUCCCUGAAUGUUCCCAAUAAACAUAUUACCCACACUCUGUAUGUUGUCUU